CUGAGCCGGAGACACAUCACUCAGAGAAGCUGAUCAGCUCUCUCUGUUUUUGCAGCUCAGAGAGAGAUUCAGAGCACUUGCUCGCUUCAAGUUCUCCGAAGGAAGGAAAGCAAGAGAGAAGCAGCAGAGGAAAUACCGGCAAGAGCUUGCAUCUUUGCAUCUUCCUGAAGAGGACUGCAUCCCUUUGGGAUCAGGGAUUAAAGGCAACCAGAGGAUCCGAAAACUUCUUUCAUUUGCUUCUUUCUCCUGGACUUGCACUGCUUUUGCACAACUGGACUUGGACAGAGACUCUUCUUGGGGGUGGUUUCUGAUUCGGUUGUGUUUGUGAUUUUAUAGAGGGAAGCAGGAAGUCCUCUUUGGGACAGUAGGGUGGUAAGAGAACCAUUUAAAGGGGAUUCAAUUCCAAGUAGGUGAUUGUAGCUGACCUAGCAACCAUGCAGCUUGAGAACUUCAACCAGGGGAACAUCCACUCUUUCCAGGGUCACCGCGGGGUGGUCAACAACAGCAACAGCAAGCCCAAUGUCAUUCUCCAGAUAGGGAAGUGCAGGGCAGAGAUGUUGGAACAUGUUAGGAGAACCCAUCGGCACCUCCUGACCGAGGUGUCAAAACAGGUGGAGCGGGAGCUGAAAGGCCUGCAGAAAUCAGUGGGCAAGCUGGAGAAUAACCUCGAGGACCAUGUGCCCUCGGCUGCUGAGAACCAGAGGUGGAAAAAGUCCAUCAAGGCUUGCUUGUCUAGAUGUCAGGAGACCAUUGCACACUUGGAAAGGUGGGUCAAGAGGGAGAUGAAUGUCUGGAAGGAAGUCUUUUUCCGCCUGGAAAGAUGGGCUGACCGGCUGGAGUCCGGUGGAGGGAAGUACUGCCAUGCAGAUAAUACCAGGCAAACUGUCUCUGUUGGGGUAGGUGGCCCAGAGAUUAGGCCAAGUGAAGGGGAGAUUUACGAUUAUGCCCUAGACAUGAGCCAGAUGUAUGCCCUGACACCACCUCCAGCAGGGGAAAUCCCUCAGCCCCACGAGUCCUAUCAAUGGAUCACUGCUCCAGAGGAUGUGCCACCUUCUCCAGUGGAGACCCAGAUUUUUGAGGAUCCCAGGGAGUUUCUAACUCACCUGGAGGACUACUUGAAGCAGGUAGGUGGGACUGAGGAGUACUGGCUCUCUCAGAUCCAAAACCACAUGAAUGGUCCUGCCAAGAAGUGGUGGGAGUACAAGCAGGACUCUGUCAAGAACUGGCUGGAGUUCAAGAAAGAAUUCCUUCAAUACAGCGAGGGCACCCUGACUAGGGAUGCUAUCAAGAGGGAACUAGAUCUCCCCCAGAAGGAAGGGGAGCCCUUAGACCAGUUCCUCUGGAGGAAGAGGGACCUCUAUCAGACUCUCUAUGUGGAGGCUGAGGAAGAAGAGGUCAUUGAGUAUGUUGUAGGGACCCUCCAGCCCAAACUCAAGCGCUUCCUUAGCCACCCCUACCCUAAGACUUUAGAGCAGCUGAUCCAGAGAGGGAAGGAAGUUGAGUGCAACUUUGAUAACUCUGCAGAUCCCAGCCCUCAGAGGACCCCAGAACACCAACUAGGAGAUUCAGUAGAGAUCCUGCCUCCUUCUAUUACUGCUAGUCCUGCAGCGAGUGACAGGACUCAGCCAGAAGUUUCUAUUCCACCAACCACAGUGAUAUGAGCUAUGUUAUGACUGAAAUGCUGGUUUAUUGAGGAUGAUGGUUUCUUACUAGUGGGAACUUUCAGCCAUGGGAGGCCUGAGGAUAUUCUCAGUCCACUGGCCAUUAGGAAGAGAAUUGCCUAUUCUUUGAGAUGGACCAUGUGGAGAACAUGGUUAGCCUGAAUGCUCAAGAGGGGUUCAAGCUGGAGAAAUUGAUGGCUAUUUUGAGGAUUUCUUUUUUUUAAAAAGCCAUUGUAGGGACUGUACUAUGUGACAAAGGCAACCAGCCUUUUCUCUGUGGCAGAACUGGCCACCUUUCUUUUGGCAUUAGUUGCCAAGGGAAUUAAACAUGCACAACCGAAGAUCCUUCCCGCUUAGAAUCAGUUCUCUCCUUCAAUGGACUUUUCCUUCCAGGCAGUCUCCCUUCCUUCCAGGAAUCCCUUCCAAGUGUUUUCUGCUUGCCUUCAUAUCUAUCAAUGAGCAUUUGCCAACUCUCGAGAAAGCUAUUGCUUUCUGCAUUUCUUCCUUUCCCUCUCAAACUAUAUUGGAGCAUUUCUGGCAAGUUGCCACCAAGAGUUUCAGCCAUGAAAUGAACCCAAUAUUUGCUUUUCAUUUCAAGUGGGUCUCUAGAUGCUUUUGGGCUAUGAUAUGAUUAUUAAGGCCUUUCAGCUCCAGAAAAACCAUCAU